UGCGCGUAUCAGCCGACUCCAUCAUCAGCAUCCGACGCUGGCUGACAGCGGUCGAAGACAGCAUCCCUAAUAUUACCGACCCACGGUAACAUCGCAGGAUAUUUCCGAGCCCGACCGACCAGGACUGACGUUGCUCUCUUGUGACAAUAUUGUUUAUUGAGGCUGCCAUCUUACAAACCACCGAGCUGCAAAAUAUGUGUGUGCCCCCACUACCUGCAUUAGGUUGUGAUGACCCACACUACUUCCAAAUGUAUCUGUGACCCCCCCCUCCCCCAAUCCUGACUCCUAACCUCUAAUCCCUGACCUUUGACCCCCACUAUGGGCAGUGUUGGCAGUGGGGUGGCAGGAGAGCAGGAGUUUGCCAUGAAGUCUGUGGGCACGAGGACCACCCUGCCCCGGGCCCCUCCUCUCUCUCGCCGUUGCCCUGCCGACCGCAGCUGCAGCGCAGAGCGACUGCCCCGCCUCCCGGCCACUAUAUCAGACGGGACGGCCUCUAGUGAUGAACGAGGAAGUGUUAGUAUCGGGACUGGGACCUGUACCGGGACUGACCGGCCCACCGAAACAGCCUCCUCCACCAACACAGAAUGUACCAUGACAGCCCCAUCCAACAACAACCAGUUGGAGUGUGGAAACGGAGCAGGCAGGAGGGAGAGGGAGUGGGAAAGGGAGAGGGAGAGGCAACGAGAGAGGGGGCGAGAUAGGGACCGGGACAGAGACUGGGACCGAGAGAGGCUGGAGAGGGAACGAGAGAGGGAGAGGAACCGGGAGAGAGAGAGGGAACGAGUGGAGAGGGAGAGAUAG